AACGUUCUCAAGUUAGUUAGUUUAAUGGUGCCGUGCAGUCGAGAAUUUUUAAGUUCUUGUUUCUUCUUUGUUUGUCUUUACAACGUGGAAGAGCCAAAUCAAGUAAAAAGGCAAACGUGAAUUGUCCGAGAACUAGGCACGCAUCUACCGUUCUACAUUGUAGGAGUGGAGCUGUUCUGUCGUCACCGUUAAUACUCAUAGGCCUAGGCCAUUUUUGAUGUAGAAAUGGACCACCAAAGUGUCCGUCUAACAUCGACAUGGAACGUUCAGGGCCCAUAUGAUAUCAACAGCAUUUUGCAGAUUCAACAAGAAGAUGAAAGUCCACAUCUGCCACGAGUAUCAACACACAGUAUCAAAUUAGUUCCCCCAUCAUCAACUAAUGACAGCAAUGAGGGGGACACACCAUCUUGCCAGCUGGUGUUCUCUUGCCAACCACGCAUCGCCGUCAGGUCAGUCGAAAUCAUCAGCAAUGCUCGUCACGUGGAAUUGUAUGACAAUCAGGACUCGUACUGCUAUACAGUCAGGGGAGAGAGACUUGCUGAAAGAGGUGGAGACCAACAAACAAACAUGAUAGCGUAUUCUGCAAGCCUAUCCAUUGACAAUCCCAUGCCACGAUGCAGAUUGAAGUUAGUUUCGUUGACUGACAAAUGUCAAUUGAUGCUAAGCCAACUUCAGAUCACCACCACAAGGAUAGAGGAGGGAUCUUAUAGUAUGACUGGAGGGCGUAGCAUCGAUAUGGCCAAAGUAAGGGAUAUCAUGUCCACGCUACAGCAGCCUAUAUCAGCCAAUGUACAGAGUCUGAUGCAGACGAUUGAGCAGUAUCAGAAGAACCAGGCCUCUGUACUUGAUGAUUUCCAACAGACAGCGCGAGCUCAGCUGUCGUCAUCUGGAGACCCUAAGGCUUCGCUUGCAUCCAACAUGGCAGGGUUGCUUUCUGCCUUCUCCAAAGCCAGCUCACUCCAGCAGCAAGCAGCUAAGACUCCUGCAGCCACGAGUGGGGGCGAUGUUGCCCUUACGGAAUCCAGCAACCUCCCGAGAUUUGAGACUCAACCUCGUGAUGGGUCACCAGCCACUGCCCAACCACCCAACACGGACACCCUGGCCAAGCUGAUGGCUUCGUUUGGCAUGGGGAGGGCGCCAGACAGGGCUGAGCACACAGAGGGCAAUGCAUCAGCUGAAUCAUUGGGCAUGCUCAGUGCACUAAGGGCAGUGUGUAGGGAUGUCAGUCUCAUGAGGGCAGCAGACAGACAGGCUGCUGAGAGGGCGUAUGGCCCCGAGAGGAGAGAUGAUCAGGGGGAGGGGUCCACCUCUGAAAAUACCAGACAAGCAGACAAAAUGCCCCUACGCAGUGGAAUGGCCGAGCUUGAGCAGAGACUCAUGGGAUACAUUGCUGCUGCAGAGAAGAGGAUCUUGGGAAGGCUAGAUCAGCAAAUGGAGCUGCUACAAGACCACAUAGACUCGAGAUUCAACACACUGGAAGCGUUACUUGAAGGCAGAGCUGGCAGCUCGAGUGUUUCCAGAGAAAGUGAACUUGUUUCAGAAGAACCAGACUGAUUCUGAUCUUUGUAGGACAGAACUGAAAUUUUAUUUACAUUUCAGCUCAAAGAAGCUAUUAUAUACAGAGCUGUGGGCAGAACAUUUAGAAAUAUAUGUACACAGUUUUCUAAACAUUAAUUGAUAAGAUAUUUUGAGGCUCUGAAUCAUUCAAAAACAAGGUGUCAGUCACUCAGCAUAAUGGACCUUCAGCAAUUAUUUUUAAAAAGGCAGUUUUCUACUGAUGUAAUUAAGUGCAAACAAAUGACAAGAACUAAUUUAAGUUGUUUAAUUGACAUCCUUGUUUCAUCAGAACUAAGAGUAGAUCCCAAGUGAGAUAACCUCAUAUUUAAUUCUUGUGUGAAAACAAUUGCUUUCAUAUUCAAUACAUCUGUUUCUUUGGGAAAAAGACUACAGAUGUACUGAAUAAUGAAAUAAAUACCUCAUUGAAUAAAUAGCUGCAUUACAAAGUUUCAACAGUUCCUUGUCAAUUUGAAGACAAAAUAUUUGUCUAUUCUCUUGAGGAUUA